UAUGACGUGGAUGCGUACAGCUUUUGAGCUUCCACGCAAGUCUGCGCUUCACUGGUAUCCCGGUCACAUGGCUAAAGGUUUGCGCGUAAUGAGGGCAAAAGUUGGUGCUUGCAACUGCAUUCUCGAAGUACACGAUGCAAGGAUUCCGUGCUCUGGUCGAAACAAGUCGUUGUCAGGACUUGUAGCCAGCAAGCCGCACAUUUUAAUUUUAAACAAAAUGGAUCUAGCAGAGACGGAAGAAAGAGAGGUUGUUGUUAAGAAAUUCAAAAAUGCUGGACUCAAUCAUGUUAUUUAUGCGGACUGUGUUGGAGAUUAUGAUCAUAGUCACAAGGAGAUUAUGGAGAGAGUUGUUUGGUGUCUAAGAAAUGAGCCUGUCUUGGAAAAGAAACAGAAUUUCUUUCGACUAAUGGUCAUUGGAGUACCAAACACGGGUAAAUCAUCACUCAUCAACGCUUUGAGAAGAAGAUACAUGCAGCGAGGUAAGGCGACCAAAGUUGGGUCAAUACCUGGUGUGACGAGGUCUGUACUAACUCAAGUGCAGAUUCAUGAUGAUCCACGUGUGUACAUGCUAGACACUCCUGGUGUUAUGCUGCCUGACAUACAAGACAUAGAGACGGGAAUGAAGCUUGCAGCUGUAGGUGCUUUGCAAGAUCAUGUGGUAGGAGAGCACCUAAUAGCCGAUUUUAUCUUGUAUUCUUUGAACAAACGCAACAAGUUUAGGUAUGUGGAUGCCUUUGGUCUUGAAAGACCAUCAGAUACUAUUGACGAUGUGCUAAUAGAUGUAGCCAAACGAAUUGGUGCCUUUAUGAAAGGUGGACGAUUGGAUACUCUAAGAGCAAGCCAGCACUUUAUUUCUCGAUUUAGGAACGGUACUUUAGGAAGAGUGAUUCUAGAUUAGUAUACUGCACUCUGUAUGCAAUAGAUGGUGUAUAAAUCUAUCUAUGUAGUUUUGAAAAUUUUUCAGAUGUU